AUGGGCGACGACCGCUCCAUCCCGAUCAAGGCUUCUUCGAGCCGCGACUUCGUGUCGCAACUCAGUUCCUCUUUUCGCUCGGGGACACCAACCGCACAAGAACUCCUGGCCAGAGACCUGGCAGAGUGCUCAGACGAAGAACACGCAGACGACAACGACGAUGCCGUCGGCUCCGUGUCAGAAUAUGACGGUGACGAAGGGCCUCUGUUUUACCGCCGACCAAGCGGUGUAGCAUUUGGCACCUCGCGCCCGGUCAUGAACCCGCAGACUGUCGACUUGGAAGAGCCGCCAUACCUGACCAGAGUCGAGAAGAAGCAGUCUCGCGAUGCAGAGCGGAGUCUCCUCCGCGACAACCACGUCCUCCCACCAAAACACCCCCGAACGGAUCACGAGUCUUUCUACCGCAGGGCAUACCGCCGCCUCUUCAGCACAAAGGUCCCGCUCGAGCCUCACGACGAGGAGGCUCCGCAGAUCGUCGUCCGUCGCCCGACCGAGUCCACGCCCCUGCUCUCCGGCGCCGCGCCUGCAGCACCGGGAGACGGCCAGGAGCACCUCAACGAGCAAUGGGAAGCCGCCGUGGCGACCGGCCACCUCCGCACGACGUGGCAGCGCGAGGCCAAGACCAUCGUCCAGUACGCCGCCCCCCUCGUCGUCACCUUCAUGCUGCAGUACUCCAUCAACGUCGUCUCCAUCUUCGCCGUCGGCCGCAUCGGCAAGAUGGAGCUCGGCGCCGUGAGCCUGGCCACCAUGACCGCCACCAUCACCUGCUACGCGCCCUUCCAGGGCCUCGCAACCAGCCUCGACACUCUGUGCUCCCAGGCCUACGGCUCCGGCCACCGCCACUUGGUCGGCUUGCAGCUGCAGCGCAUGACGUACUUCCUCCUCAUGUGCUUCCUCCCGCUGGCCGUGCUGUGGUUCUUCGGAGACGCGGUCCUGGGCGCCAUCAUCCCGGAGCAGGAGUCCGCGCGCCUCGCGGGAUUGUACCUUCGCGUGCUGAUCCUGGGAGGCCCGGCCUUCGUCUGCUUCGAGGGCGGGAAGCGGUUUGUGCAGGCGCAGGGCCUGUUUCAGGCCACCACCUGGGUCCUCCUGAUCGCGGCGCCCAUCAACAUCUUUGUCAACUGGUUCCUCGUGUGGCACCUGGGAUGGGGCUUCAUCGGCGCGCCCAUCGCCGUCGUCUUCACCCAGAACCUGCUCCCGCUGCUCCUGUUCCUCUACGUGCGCUUCGUCGACGGCCACCAGUGCUGGGGCGGCUUCAGCAGCCGCGCGCUGUCGAACUGGGGACCCAUGCUGCGCCUGGCGCUGCCGGGUAUGAUCAUGAUCGAGGCCGAGUACAUGGCCUUCGAGGUGCUGACGCUGUUCUCGAGCCACUUCGGCGCCGAGUACCUGGCGGCGCAGAGCAUCGUGCUCACGAUGACGGCCAUCACCUACCAGAUCCCGUUCCCUGUCAGCAUCGCGGCGUCCACGCGAAUCGCAAACCUCAUCGGUGCAGGGUUGGUGGAUGCGGCAAAGACUACCGGCAGAGUGGCAUUCGCUGCGGCUCUGAUUGUAGGAUUGUUCAACCUGGUCUUGUUCGGCGGCCUCCGCUUCCACCUCCCGCGGCUCUUCACCAACGACGACGAAGUGAUUGCCAUCGUCGCGGACGUGCUGCCGCUGUGCGCGCUGAUGCAGGUCUUUGACGGCCUCACCGCGGGCGCCCACGGGCUCCUGCGGGGUAUCGGACGGCCCGCGAUCGGAGGGUACACCAACCUGGUGGUGUACUACCUGAUUGCGCUGCCGGUGUCGUUCUCGACCGGCUUCGCGCUGGACUGGAAGCUCAAGGGGCUGUGGACUGGUGUCACGAUUGGACUCGCGCUGGUCUCGGUCAUUGAGUAUGCGUUCGUCGUGCUCUUCGACUGGCACAAGGCGGCGAGGGAAGCGGAGUCGAGGAACAGCUCCCAGUGA